AUGGUGCACGCAGGACACGGCACAAACUACGGCGCUGCUGGCGAAGGUGCCGUCGACGUCCAAACCCAGGCAUUCCGCACGCAUCAAAGAUCUAGGAAGCACAAACGGUCCGUCAAGAGACAGACCCUGGCGGAGCAGGCGGCUGAGAAGCAGCAGCGCAUCACUGACUGCCCAAAGGCUAGGGACAUCCAGCGUGAAAGAGUCAUCGCGCUGCUGGAGACCCUGCUAUUCAUAUGCAAAUGUGACGCACCGAUUGAGAUGUGGGUUCAACUGGUGCGGCACCUAGCAGAGCGGCAAACACUGGGCUUCCCCAAGAAUGGCUACGGUGCGUAUUACACCAGAGAGGCGCUGGCAGCCAAGGACGCCGCCACUACAGUCCCUGAGCUGGGCCUAAUCGACACCAUGCUGAAGGAACUCGCGGAGUACCUGGGAAGGUCGCAUCCCUCUCACAAUGAGUUCAAAGAGCUGCAGGAGUGGGACGACGACUUCUACCUCAUUGUGACUUCGGUGAAGUUCAAUGUCUAUCUCUAUUACCUCGCCGACAUGCUCAUCAUCCUCAACAACCUCAACCUGGAGUUUCAGAAGCGGGAGGUGAGUUGCCCCCGCCUUCCCUCCCCGGCCUUCCCUCCCCGGCCUUCCCUCCCCGGCCUUCCCUCCUUGGCCUUCCCUCCCCGGCCUUCCCUCCCUGGCACCGAGCCUGAGGUCGACAUGACAUCGGUGCAGUCGACCGUGCGCCGCACCUUGAUCACCAUCCGUACGCGCUACAUCGAGUGCGGCGAUGACUUUGGUGGCGGCCCACAACAACAUCUUGGGGCCUUCCUAGCCCGGGUCAGUAAGUCUCGAAAAGUCACGGUGGAUGGCGUGGACAAGGAGGGGCAGCCGCGAAAACAUAGCUUCGAGCUGCACGAGGAGAAAUUGACGGGCUACAGUAAGACCCCGGAUGACUUGGAGUCGUGCCUCGACGUCUGCCGCCGCCACGCCAAGUCGACGCUCACCCACCUCCAGAAGAGGCUGGGGGAUCUCGAAAGCCUGAACGGUGUCAGGCUUUUUAUGCCAGACACGUACCCUGAGGACAAGGAGGGACGCGCUGAGGAGUGCCUCGAGCACUUCGAGACUCUCGUCGACUUGUUCCAUGCCCGCGAGCGAGCAGAGAUUCUCCCGGAAUCCGCCAUCUUCUGUCCCUGUUCUGUGUGUGUGUAA